AGGCAGAUCCGCGGCGAUACCUAAAGCCCACCGGCAUAUCUAUCCGAUCUCGGCAGUCGAUCGCACGCGCGAAAAGCCUUGCGGAUGUCACUCGCGCCCGCAAUCGACGCAACGGUGCAAUGAUCCUGAAUGUAACAGAUCGGGUGUGACCUCCUUUGGGGUCUUACCCCGUCAUCGUUUCCUCGGGACCAGUGUUGGCUCUCGCGUGUUCGCGAUAGUUCCCGGUGGUCCGCGGGAAAGCAUUGUCGUGUGUCGCGAUGCGCUAUCAAACGAUUUGCACGUGCUUCGAUAAUCAUCUGCGAGAAGAAGUGUCGGUUUACAGAGUUUAAUUCCGGAGAACGUAAACAAAAGGAAGCGAAGUAGAAGAUAAGAACGGAGGAUCAAGGAUUUUUAUGAUCAUUCCUACGACGCGAUAAAAAUUGGACGUUAUUGAUAUCUGAAUAAAUCAAGAUGAUUCACGCCGUGGAAAGAUGCAGCACAGUCAUGAAGGCCGCGGGAUGAAGAUUCGCAAGAUCUAUCCCGAUAUCCGUCGCGUUACGGAGGAAGACAUCUCACGAAAUCUCGAAGCUGUGUGCUUUUGAAGCUCAAAGGAUGUCUUUAGGACAACGUAUUUCCGGCGCUGUUGCGGUUCUUCGCGGAACCUCGACGGAGGCCAAGGAGGAAGGCCACACAUCGUGCACAGAGGAGGAUAUCGAGAAGAUGACAUCCGAGGAAGAGGUCGAGGUGAAAGCGCAGCGUAAAGUAACGGUGCUCGACAGAUUACGGAUGGUGAUAGAAUGGAUGGGAAGUAACUUGCUUCUGGCAUUAACCAUCGCUGGAGUUUUGGUGGGUCUAGGUCUCGGGUUUCUGGGGCGAUUGGCCGAUCUCACUCCGCAAUCUAUAACUCUCGUCAGUUUUCCGGGAGAGAUCCUUAUGCGGAUGUUGAAGAUGUUUAUCUUGCCACUCAUCAUCUCGUCGCUAAUCUCGGGAAUGGCACAACUAGACGUUCAAAGAUCAGGAAGGAUAGGGAUCAGAGCGUUAACAUACUACUCGGUAACAACCAUUCUCGCCGCCAUAGUGGGCAUCGCGAUGGUGCUGAUGAUCCAUCCGGGUGAUCCGCGGAUCAAAACUACGGUCACGGCGGUGGUGAAAGCCGAGGAGGCGAAAGUUUCCACUGUAGACGCGAUCCUCGAUAUAAUUCGAAACAUGGUCCCGGAGAACCUGGUACAAGCAUGCUUCCAACAGGUUCAGACUUCCUACGUGAAGAAAAAGGUGGUCGUAAUCGGCAAUUUGAAUAAGAGCGAGUACAUACUAGAGCCGGCCUUGGUUUACAAGGACGGCACGAACGUAAUGGGCAUGAUUGUGUUCUGCAUUAUCUUUGGCGUGCUCGCGGGCCAAAUAGGACCUCGCGGCAAGCUGAUGGUAGACUUUUUUGUGGUGCUAAACGAGAUUAUCAUGAAACUCGUCACGAUCAUCGUGGUCUGGUAUUCUCCGUUCGGAAUUAUGUGUCUGAUAGCUGGAAAAAUUAUGUCUAUUGCAAAUCUGGCGGCAACUGCUCAAAUGUUAGGUCUAUAUAUGGUGACAGUUAUAUUGGGCUUGAUGAUCCACGCGAUCAUCACAUUGCCGACAAUCUACUGGUUUAUAACUCGAAAAAAUCCAGCUGUGUUCUUUAGAGGCAUGAUGCAAGCCUGGGUGACUGCGCUGGGUACAGCUUCGAGUGCAGCAACUUUGCCUAUAACUUUUCGUUGUCUCGAAGAAAACAAUAAGAUUGAUACACGAGUGACACGUUUCGUCGUGGCAGUCGGUGCUACCGUAAAUAUGGACGGCACGGCUCUUUACGAAGCCGUGGCUGCGAUAUUCAUCGCACAAUUGAAUGGAAUCUCACUAGGAUUCGUUGAAGUCAUUACGGUCAGCCUUACAGCUACCUUGGCAAGCGUCGGGGCUGCAAGCAUCCCCAGCGCUGCAUUGGUCACCAUGCUCUUGGUGCUAACCGCUUUGGGCCUUCCUACGAAUGAUGUUUCUCUAUUGUUCGCUAUCGACUGGAUGCUUGAUCGGAUCAGGACUUCGAUCAACGUUCUGGGCGACGGUUACGGGGCCGGAAUAGUUUAUCACUUAAGCAAAGCGGAACUAGAUAAGAUGGACGAGGAACGAAGAUUGGAAGCUUUGGAAAUUGGAAGACCCUUCGAAAUUGCCACCGAAGGCCAUCAACAAGAGACAAUAGCACACGAACAAACUUCCGAGACGAAAAUUUGAACCCUUGGACUUCCUCAACGAAGUCAUGAUGCUAUUUCGUCGUAUGAAAUACGAUUGAUUUUCACUGCCGAAAUCGAGUUUUUCCCGUAAAUUAAGUAUUAAAAAUUUAACAUAUAUAUAUUUUAGAGAGAAUAUAAGUAUUUCUAUUUAAAAUAUAUGUAUAAUUAUUAAGAAUAUUAUAGAUACGAAUAUUAUCUAAUGAUAUAUAUUAAUAUACGACUUUUUGUUUUUGUAGCGAGCGUUAGCAAUAGAGGACGAAUGAAUUAAAAGUAUUAAAUAUUAAAGUAGAAAAUGUGAGCAUGUUAAGUACAAAACUAACAAAAAAUGUAUUUUUUUCUAGUGUGUGAGAAUUCUUCUUCUACUUUGGAAUAUUAAAGAAUAUUAAUAUAUCAGAAUAAUAAUGUACAGUAAAAUAGAAAUAUAAGAUAUAGUAAAUUAUUAGUAAUUGUAUCAGACGCAAGCAAAUAAUCCUCAAAGCGCUUAAAAUAUUCAUCGAUCAGUAAUAUCUAAAGAAAAAAUAUUAUUUAAUCUGAAUAAUUUAAGCAUUUGAUUUCAAUGACAAUGAUUAAUUAUUAUGUGAAUUUUUUCCUUGCAUUACACACAAACAUACCCGCCUUUUUAUCAUAUAAAAAAAUGAUUUUUAAUGAAUGACUUGUACAAUUAUAUAACUAUAUGAUAUUACGUAUUUGUAUAAUUGCGUUAUCAUAAUCGCUGCGAGCUACUCGUUGUUUUCUUCUCCACAAGAUAUGUGCAAACAAUUCCAUAUAAAAAUUUGAUUAAUUCAUUUUAAAACAUAAUACGCGCUGCAAGAAAAAAAUUUAUAUAAUUUCUCGCUUCUAAUGUCGUAAUUCAAAAUGAACUCAAGAGCUUUAAAAAUAAUAGUGAUUGAUUAUUUAUGCGAAUGUAUUCAUAAGUGUUGCAUGUAUAAAUAUAGAUAUGUAAGGUUAUCGAUAAUCUUAAUUAAUUAAGACAAUGAUUAAUAAAUUAUUAUGCAAAUAUAUUAUAUAUUCAAUAAAAAAA